AUGAGACCUGGAAAUAACUCAACUUCAGGAGGUUUUAAUGGCGGAUUGGGGCAUCGGAACUCUCCGGUUCCAUAUCUGUUGGCUGGGUUGGGACUCAUGCUGGUGCUCAUAGCCAUAGCUGUGACGAUUCUAUCUUGCUCUUGUCGAAAAUCCAGGACGACUUCGGCAGGCGGCGAUCGUGAUCAUCAGGGUGAAGAAAAAUCAGUCAAUAAGCAAGUAGCGACGAUGCAGUCGGAGAUGGAGCCGAAGAUUGUUGUCAUCAUGGCAGGCGAUGACAAUCCCACUUACUUGGCCAAGCCUACAGCAUCUUCCUGA